GUACACCACCGUCUCUUGCACUCCUCUCGCCUCUCUCUCUCUCUCUCUCUCCCCCCACAAAUUCAACAAGAUCGUCGUGGGGAGCACAGCCCGCACGCGGUGAAGCGCCCGCUCUCUCUCCAUCCACCACCUCCAACCUCCCCCAAAACCUCCACCUCCACCGCCAAAUUCGCGAAGGAGUUCAAACACUCGAAGGGCCAUGGCUGCCGCCGCGGGGCUCCGCCGCUCAACCGUCACGCCGCGGGGAGCCGCCGCCGCGUGCCUGCGUUUUUCCGGAGCCGGCCGCCGCCUUCGCCCAGCCUCGAUGGUGUAGGAGAAAAGAGGGAUAGGAGAAGGGGGGAGUGAGCGGGAGAGAGAUGGGGGCGAUUGGAGGCGACGAGCUGGUGCAGUGGGACAAGAUGGGUGCAGCUGAGGCAGUCAAUGGCGGCUGUGGAGGCGCCGGGAAGAUGGAUAGGAUACAGGUGUUGGUGAGGCUGAGGCCGCUGAGCGAGAAGGAGGUUGCUAGGAGGGAGCCAGCGGAGUGGGAGUGCAUCAAUGACAGCACUGUCAUGUUCCGGAGCACCUUCCCUGACCGACCCACGGCGCCAACAGCAUACACGUUCGAUAGGGUAUUUCACUCUGAUUGCAGUACCAAAGAAGUCUACGAGGAAGGGGUGAAGGAAGUUGCCCUCUCUGUAGUUAGUGGCAUUAACUCAAGUAUUUUUGCAUAUGGACAAACCAGCAGUGGAAAGACAUACACUAUGACUGGAGUAACAGAAUAUACAGUAGCAGAUAUAUAUGAUUAUAUUAACAAGCAUGAAGAGAGAGCCUUUGUGUUGAAGUUCUCUGCGAUUGAAAUAUAUAAUGAAGUUAUACGGGAUCUUCUUAGUGCGGAAAAUACCCCUCUUAGACUCUGGGAUGAUGCAGAGAAGGGCACCUAUGUAGAGAAUCUUACAGAGGUUGUAUUAAGGGAUUGGAACCAUCUCAAGGGACUUAUUUCUGUGUGUGAAGCUCAAAGGAGGACAGGGGAGACCUUCUUAAACGAAAAAAGUUCUAGAUCCCAUCAGAUACUUCGAUUGACAGUUGAAAGCUCUGCUCGCGAGUUCUUAGGAAAGGACAAGUCAACUACACUUGUGGCUAGUGCAAACUUUGUUGAUCUGGCUGGAAGUGAGCGUGCAUCUCAGGCAUUGUCAGCUGGCACAAGACUGAAAGAAGGUUGUCACAUUAAUAGGAGUUUGCUUGCCCUUGGCACUGUCAUUAGAAAACUGAGCAUGGGAAGUAAUGCACACAUACCGUAUAGAGAUUCAAAGCUUACACGCAUACUACAGCCAUCUUUGGGAGGUAAUGCAAGAACUGCAAUUAUUUGUACACUGAGCCCUGCCACUAGCCACAUUGAGCAAUCAAGAAAUACUCUGCUAUUUGGGAGUUGUGCAAAGGAAGUAGUUACAAAUGCUCAGGUUAAUGUGGUCAUGUCUGAUAAAGCACUGGUUAAGCACUUGCAAAAGGAACUUGCUAGAUUGGAGAGCGAGUUGCGGCAUCCAGUUCAGAGUUCCAGUCUCGAAACAUUAUUGAAGGAAAAGGACAACCAAAUCAGAAAGAUGGAGAAAGAAAUAAAAGAACUGAAGUCACAACGUGAUUUGGCUCAAUCCAGGUUGCAGGAUUUGCUGCAAUCUGUCGGUGAUCAUGACCUGAACCGUCAAGUUCAAGGAAAGCAUUCAGUCAGAAGCCCUCCAUCUGUUGGAAUGCCCCCAAGCGUCAGCAGAGAUGAUAGUUCUCAGGUCUCUCAUGAUGAUUCAGAUCUUUACAAGGAAGUGCGAUGUAUUGAAAGCAAUCGGACAGGAGGAAAUGACCAGUUGGACUUAUCAGCUGGUGAAAGUAGUAGCCCACAAGAUUCAAAUAUGAAUUCUGGUUUGCAUGGAAAUGAUUCAAAUGCAUCAGUGAAUUCUAGGCAUUCAAGGCCCUCUGGCGAAGCUCCUAUUACUUUGGAGGAACACUUGGAGAAUAUUAGAAGGCCUUUUGUCAGUCUAGCCAAAGAUCUAGGAUCUUCAACACGUAACUCAUCAAACUUAAGAGUAAUUGGUAGAAGCAGGAGCUGUAGAUCACUGACAGGUUCUACUAUGUUUGACGAUAUGGAGAUGGAUGAUUGCACUCCACUAAAUAGAAGUUUGGUGGAGUUCCCAGGAAGACCUGUGGAAUCUCAUAGAAGAGGAUCUGCACUGCACUAUGAUGCAGAGACCGACACACUUUCAAGGGCAGGAUCCAUGAGUUCUGAGAUCAGCACUUUUAAGGAUGCAAAGACAAAUGGGUCUGUUGCAUGCGAUACAGAAUUCACUGGUAUUGGUGAAUUUGUUGCUGAACUCAAAGAGAUGGCCCAGGUUCAUUAUCAGAAGCAGUUAGGUGACCAGAAUGCAAAUGGAAAGAGCAUCGGAUUGGACCCGAUCGAGGGUGUUUCUCAGUCACCUUCUCGAUGGCCUUUGGAAUUCGAGAAGAAGCAGCAAGAGAUCAUCGAGCUUUGGCAAGCUUGCAGCAUUUCCUUGGUCCACAGGACUUACUUUUUCUUGCUAUUCAAGGGAGAAGCAGCUGACUCGAUCUACAUGGAAGUGGAGCUUCGAAGGCUAUCAUUCCUGAGAGAUACAUACUCAAGGGGGAGCACCCCUAGCAAUGCGAUAGUAGGCAGCCUGAGUACUUCCCCUGUUGCGAGCGCAAAGAAGCUGCAGCGGGAGAGGGAGAUGCUUGCCAGGCAGAUGCAGAAGCGGCUGUCCACGGAGGAGAGGGAGCACACGUACACAAAAUGGGGUGUCUCGCUGGACUCCAAGAGGAGGAAACUGCAGGUCGCUCGCCGCCUCUGGACCGAGACGAAAGACCUGGAGCAUGUCAGGGAGAGCGCGUCCCUGGUCGCCAAGCUGAUCGGGCUCCAGGAGCCAGGCCAAGUUCUCAAGGAGAUGUUCGGGCUCAGCUUCGCGCCGCAGCAGCAGCCGACCCGGCGGCGAUCCUCCAACGGCUGGAGAUACGGGAUCCCUUCGUUCGCCUGAUUUGGAUCGACCACACACGAAACAAGGCUGACACGACGAUGCGACUGACCAAAGGAUCUUUUGUUUUUUCUCCUUUUAUUUUUUCCCCUUUUCGAUCUUGGUGUAUCUGCAUGUUCUGAUUGUCCAUAGGAUUUUAGGAAGCACAAAAUUGAUGGUGGCGUCCGUUUGCGCCCUUUGUGUUGCCGGCCUCGUGCAUGUUUCUGCCCAGCCGCCGCCGGUCUUUGAUUGCUGCUGACAUUAUAUCGCCGCAGAGCCAAUCGGUGUUGUGUUGUAUAACGUGUGCUAGUUUCUCGUAUUUUGCUUGUAGAUCCGCUUGAUAUAACUGUGCUUACUAGAAAUGCCGAAGAGAAUGCCGCA